AUGAAGUUUGGCAAAAACUUGCUCACCCACCAGAUCCCGCAAUGGCUGGUGUACUACAUCAACUAUAAGCUGUUGAAGAAGAUCAUCAACCAGGUCGCCACCACCGACGACCUCGAGCUGGUGCUUUCUCUUUUCUUCUAUGAGUUGGACCGCAACGUCGAGAAUGUCGACGAGUUCUAUUCGAUGAAACUGAUGGAGUACGGCAAACGGAUGAGACGGGUGGUGCUGGCGUUGGGGUAUAACUCCCAUACCCAUAAGCUUACCAAAGAGAUCGAAGUGAAAGACGAAUUGGAUGAAGUGGUGCUGAUCUUGAGGGAAAUGGCCACCACGUUGAGAAACUUACAGUGGUUCGGUGAGAUUAACUACCGUGGUUUUGUGAAGAUCUUGAAGAAAUUGGAUAAGAAACUUGGCGCCGACGCCGAUAAUAAGGCUACCUAUCUCCACCUGCGCAUUGACCCGUUACCGUUCGCUCGUGGCAAAGAUGUUCAAGGUUAUUUGGAUACGAUCCACUCGAUCUUGGCCGAGCUCGGCGCCGACAACGCCGACGGCCUGGUGCUGCCGAAACACCCCGCCAACACUCGCCACGCGGAAAUGACGGAAGCCAUUCAAAAUAAGGAUUCGAAACAACUCCAACAAUUGCUUUCAGCGCCGGAAUCCGUGGGUGCUCGCGUGCUCACUUCUCUCUUGAUUAAAGCCACCACGAGAAGCACUCCCGAGUGUAUUGAUCUACUCAUUGAGGAAUUAAAGCGGACUCAAGGGAACCCUUUUGCUGAUAAAGCCGAUAUUUCUCGCCGUACCUUCUUCCACCAAUUAAUCAUCCAUUGGGGGAAACACCAUGGUCCUGACCAGCCCUGUGACGGUCUUGAAUACGUGUUAUCCAAGUACGGCGACUUAUACCAGCACGAAGUCAUCCACAAGGACCUGUACCAACGUACGCCGCUCCACUAUGCUGCUGAGUAUGGUCUUAAGGAUGCGGUUAUUGUCCUUAUUACAUUCCUCAAACAACACAGCCUCAUUGGAGUGGGUCUCCCCUUAGACCACAUUGAUACCUGGGGCGACCAGGACGGGAUGACUCCGCUUCAUUUAGCCGUGAUUGGCCACCACCCACAAACUACUCGCAAUUUGAUUAAGGAGUCGGCCACCCCGUUACUGUGUCCGGAACUUGUCCUCUUGGCAGCAAGAAACCCUAGUCCCGUCAUCGUCGAGGAUUUAAUCACUUCCGGAGGCAUUGACGUCAAUUACUCCGACCAUGACCACCACGGGGAAACGGCAUUACACAUCGCUUGUAAGUAUAACCACGUGGAAGUGGCUGAGUUCCUUUUGAGUAACGAUGCUGACCCUGAGAUUGGUGAACUGGUAUUUGGGUGGACUCCCAUCUUCAUUGCUGCCAACGAAGGGUUCACUCGUUUAGUGAAGUUAUUGCUUGAGUUUGGCGCUAAGGUCGAUACCGUUGACGAUUCCGGGUGGCUUCCCAUGGAACACCUGUGUCUUCGUGGUCACUUAGAUACCGCUGAGCUUCUCCGCCCAAGGGACAGUUCGUUAUUGCUUUACGACAUGUACUCUCCUGAGAACAAUGUCGAGCGGAAACUCCCUGAAGAGCUCCACCGGCUGUCGCUGCUGGUGGACAUUUUGCCCGAACACUCACGCAGUGUGUAUAACAAAGUGUACCAGCAGUUGAGCCGCAAACCCAAGUCUGAACCUCAACCGAUUAAGCUGUUUGGCCACAAAUACUUGGGUAACGGGGAACUGAUGGUGCUCAUCACGUUAGGGCUGACGGAUAUGCGCCAAACACAGCUGCCAGUGACGUUACACGAUGUGCUGCUUCCUCACACUCUGGCUCUCGACACAGCAUUAUCGUUGCUGAUCACGUGUAAGCAUCGUCGUACCAAUCAAGUGGUGGACCAGCCGGUAGUGGUGGAUUUACCGUUGGACGAUUUCCAUGCUUCUGCUACUGACCCCGUCACUUUCACUGUGCCCAGCUCGGUGGAUGUGGACGACUUAUCGGUACUGUUUGACCUUGUUCCCACCUACCAAUUCCACCAUCAACGCCAACUGCUUGGUAGAGCAGUAGCUUUCUUGAAGGAUUUGUACACUCCGGUUGGGGCUAAUCUUCGCUCUUUGCACCGUACGGUGACUCUUCCGAUCAUGGACCGGACCACUAUGGACACUAUUGGUGAAGUUCGUUUUGAAUACCUCCCCAUUUCCAGCUUUGGCCACCCGGCUAUGGCGAUUACUCCGACGGAAACUUACUGGAAACAAUUGGUAUCGACACGAGUGAUUGGUCACCGUGGUUUGGGUAAAAACUUCAACCGCAAACUGCUUCAAUUGGGUGAGAACACCGUCGAACUGUUCAUCGCGGCUGCGUCUUUGGGGGCGCUGUACGUCGAGUUUGAUGUCCAGUUGACUAAAGAUAUGGUCCCCGUCGUCUACCAUGACUUCACCGUAGCGGAACUGGGGGUGGAUAUCCCCAUGAACGCAUUGACGUUGGAACAGUUCUUGGGCUUAAACGAAGAGAAAUCCGAUAAGGAAAAGCACCUGUUGGAUGACGCCGCUCUUGUGGGCCUUCACAAGCCGAGACUGUACCCGCUGGCCCCCAAUUUCCAUGCUAAGCGUACUCCUUCAGUGGAAGAUGCGAUCGAUGUGGAGUUCAGAGAUACCAUCAGUCGGCGGAUGAAACUUACUAAGACGUGGAAAUCUCAAGGUUUCAAGGGUAACGCCCGUGGUCUCUCAGUGGCGCUGAGCUUUGUCACCUUGAAAGAGUUAUUCGCCAAAUUACCGUCAAAUGUCGGCUUCAAUAUCGAGCUUAAGUACCCGAUGUUGGACGAGGCGGAAAUGGAACAAAUGGGAGAAGUCGCCGUCGAUUUAAACACCUACGUUGAUACUAUCUUGAAGGUGAUUUACGAUGCUAACCUCACCAACCGCGAUAUUCUCUUCUCGCUGUUCCACCCCGACGUGUGUGUGCUUUUGUCACUUAAGCAACCUCUGAUUCCCAUCUUGUUCCUUACUGAAGCUGGUACUGCUCCCAUGGCCGAUAUCAGAGCUCUGUCGUUGCAAAACGCCAUUAGGUUUGCUAAGAAAUGGAACCUCUUGGGGAUCGUGCUGGCGGCAGGGACGUUGGUGAAGUGCCCUCGUUUAGCGCAAGUGGUGAAGCUGCUGGGCCUUGUGUGUGUCACUUACGGCGUGGAGAAUAACGACCCGGAAUUGGCCAAGAUCCAGAUGAAAGCCGGUGUGGACGCGGUGAUCGCCGACCUGGUGUUGGCAGUAAGAGAAGGAAUCCGUAAGGACCAAGAAAAGCUCAAUGAGUUGGAAGAGUCGUCGAGAAGUAUCAGUCCGGCGCAAACAGUGGUGGCGUAA